AUGGGUGGACUCGCGGAUGAGCUCAUGAACGACCUCGACGGUCUGUCGGACGGGGAAGAAGACUACGAAGAGGAGGCGGCGGCGGAAUCAUCGAGCGCGCCUGGGGCGGUGAACGGCCUGAAGCGCAAAGCGUCGGACUCGGGGGACGAGAUGGAGGAAGAGGCCGAGGCAAAGGGGGGACUCGUGCUCGAGGGCGGAGUCCGGCCCGCGGACGAGCUGGACGUGGAGGACGUGCAGCAGAUGGCGCUGGGCGGCGUGGAUGACGUCCGACAAGUCGCCAAGCUCGUCGGCUCGAAGCGGAUGCAGGAAAUCAUGGCCGACGUCGAGCGCUACCAGUCCCAGCCGAGCACCGACGAGGCGAUGUCCCAGCCCGUACACUCCAAUCCGGAAUAUAAUCUGAUCGUGCUCGCCAAUAACCUUGCCGUCGACAUUGACAACGAGAUCCUGGUCGUGCACAAGUUCAUCCGUGAUCACUACGCCACCAAGUUCCCAGAGCUGGAGCAACUGGUCGAGGACCCGAAUAUGUACAUCAAAGCCGUCCGUGCACUGGCCAACGACGAAGACCCCACAAAGGCCGAUCUCGGCAGUGUGCUACCCGGGCCCGUCGUCAUGAGCGUGCUCAUGACCUCGACCACGACUUCGGGCGUCCCGCUCAGCGACGCCGAGUGGGCAGCCGUUCAACGCGCAUGCGAUCUCGCUGACCAGCUCGAGGAAGCCCGGAGAAAGAUAUUCAUGUACGUCUCUUCAAGAAUGAAUGUUCUCGCUCCCAACCUAUCUGCCAUCGUCGGCACCACCACAGCAGCGAAGCUCCUCGGCGUUGCAGGCGGUCUCGGCGGUCUCGCCAGAAUGCCCUCGUGUAAUGUCCAUUUACUAGGCGCACAAAAGAAGAUCGCGGCCGGGUUCUCCUCUGCAACCACACGUCGGCACACGGGUUUCGUCUACCAGUCCGAACUCAUCCAACAGACGCCCAGCGAGCAUCAACUCAAGAUGCAGCGCACCGUCGGCGCCAAGUGCGUUCUCGCCGCCCGGAUGGACCUCGAGCGUACGAGACGAGACGGCAGCUAUGGCGAAGAAUUGCGCGACAAGAUCGAGAAGCACCUCGACCGCCUCACCGCCCCUCCACCCUCCAAGGUGACCAAGGCCCUGCCCGUCCCGAACGACGGCCCCAAGAAACGGCGGGGCGGGAAGCGGGCGCGCAAGGCCAAAGAGGCCUACGCGCAGACUGAGCUCCGCAAGCUUUCGAACCGAAUGGCGUUCGGUGAGGCGGAGCAGGAAGUGGGUGCGUUCGACGAGACGCGGGGGCUGGGUAUGAUCGGCGUCGGCGGACGGGUCCGCGCGAACCAGGGCGAGGCGAAGAGCCGCGCCAAGAUGAGCAAGGCGAACCGUCUGCGAACACAGGCGCUGACGCGCGCCGCACAAGGCUCGCAGGCGGAGGGCACGGCCUCCAGUUUGAUCGUCACGCCCGUACAGGGGUUCGAGCUGACAAAUCGCGCUGCCGCUGCCGCACGCGUCAAGGAGGCGAACGACAAGUGGUUCGCUGGUGGCACCUUUUCUUUCGUCGGACAAAAAGGGGCCGCAAAGUGA